AUGUUGCACUGGGCAGCUCCUCUCGCGCUCCUCGCGUCGUAUGUGGCGGCGCAGACGUCGACAGAAUGCAAUCCGCGAAACACGACGUGUCCGCAAGAUCCAGCCCUCGGGACGACUUUUGAGACCACAUUCAACGAGUCAAUGACCGAGUUCGACCCCAAGUUCUUCAACAUUACCGCUGGGGCCGAUUUGAUCACCUUCUCGGAGAAGGGAGCGGAAAUGACCAUCACGAAGCAGGGCGACUCCGUUACAGUCCAAACAGCCUUCUAUAUCAUGUUUGGCAGGGUUGAGAUGAUCUUCCAAGCUGCCAGUGGACAGGGUAUCAUUAGCACUUACAACUUGCUAAGCGAUACACUCGACGAGAUCGAUCUGGAGAUCAUGGGCGGCAAUACUUCAUACGUCUCGAACAAUUUCUUCGGCUGGGGCAACACAAGCCAAUUCAACUCAGAGUACGAACCGACUACUGGUAGCGCUUGGGCUGGCGGCGCAAUGGGAGACAUGCACAACUACACCGUUGAUUGGGAGCAAGAAGAGAUCAGGUGGUGGAUGGACGGCGACCUUGUAAGGACGCAGACCUACCUUCCAGCUGGCCGGUAUCCUCAGACACCAUCUUUCUUGAAAUUCGGUAUUUGGGCUGGCGGCGACCCAGAUCUCCCGAAGGGGACACGAAAGUGGGCCGGCGGCGACACCGACUACUCAAAAGGCCCCUUCACAAUGACGGUCCAGUCGCUCAAGAUCAUCGACAGUCACACAAACGUCAGCUACUAUGACUAUGGUGACAAGACUGGCAGCUGGGAGAGCAUCAAGGCGAUUCCCGGCCAGUCUAACGCUUACAAGCUCAUGCACCUGAAGUCCUUCGGCGAGAAGACCCAGGAGCAAUGGGAUGGUCUGUCCACAGGGGCCAAGAUCGGCAUCGCUGCCGGAAUCGGCGGAACAUUCCUGAUCGCCUUUGCAGCUUUCAUCUUUUACUGCCUCCGUCAGCGACGGCAAGGGAAGGCGGAGAAGGCGAUGGCCGACAAAGAAUGGGAAGCGCAGCAGGCGGAGAAUGUGGAGUUGAAGGGCCAGAUCUCUGCAUAUCAGACACAGAUGAAGAAUGGCGCGUUUGCAACGAGUUAUCUUGGCCACAAUACGAACAAGAUUCGAACCUGUUGCAACAAUCGAAUCUUAUCAGCGUUUGUUCUCGAAGAUCACGUGACUGGACAAGAUGGUCACGUGACCCUUCCCAACACCGUUCUCCGUGGCCACAUGAGUCAGGCCUUGUGGAUUUUCGUGGUCCUCGACGAUCAACUCGUGGGUGUUCCGGUCGACGUGGACAUCCUCGCUGAACACCAUGAUGUCGUCCUGCUCGCCAAAUAUCUUUGCGAUUUCUUCCAGCGGGACGCCCUUGGUUUCCGGAAGGAGAAAGAAGAAUACAAUGCCGCCGACCAAGGUCAGGCAGAUGAAAACCAGGUAAAAUUUCCACCCAAUGCUGGCGAAGGCCGUCGCCGUGGCCUGGAGGUAAACCAGGUCCGUCAGGGCGAUGGUAGCGAUGGAUAA